AUGGCUAAUAUUCAACAACAAUUAGAAAAUCUUCAAAAUUUGCUAUCUGAUUUUCUUGAUAAACGAGAAAAAGCUAUUUCUUCAAUUAUCGAAAUAGCUAAUAAACUCGAUGAACAUCAUAGUAAUGUCAAUAUUACCAAAGUUGUAACUAGUAGCACUGGUAUUGUUGGUACAAUCCUUAGUAUAGCAGGACUUGCACUUGCUAUACCGUCCGGUGGUUUAUCAACCGCACUCACUGUUGGUGGUAUUGGUUUAGCGGUAACAAGUGGUGCGGCUCAUGUGGGUUCUGAUAUUACUGAACGUAUUUUGGCCGAAUCACAUUUAAAAAAAUUGGAUGAAAUUUGUCAAGCUGAUGAAUCAAAUAUUUUUCGACUAGCUGAUUAUCUGGAAAUAAUGAAAGAUGACAUACAAAGAAGUUUUUCUGAUAACAAAAUUGAUUUGAGAACAGCAAACAGCAUUAUACAAGGAGUAUCAAGUUUCACUAAUCUAGCAUGCUCAAUUAUUCGUAUUACACAGGCAACAUGCUUAUCGAUCAGAACGAUACCACUUGUUGGUGCUGGCCCGUUACGUCUUGCUGGUGCUACUUCGGUUGCGUUAGGUGCGGUCACUUUACCAUUUCAAAUAAUUGAUCUUGCCAUGAGUGGACAAGCACUGCAUGAAAAUGAAGUUAGUGAGACCUCGGCUAAACUUCGUCAACUUGCUCAACAUCUCAAAAUGCAAGGAGAAAAUGUUGUUAACUACAUUUUUAGGAUGAUAGAUCCAAUUCAUGAGUAA